AUGGACGGAAAGGACUCUAAGAGCGUUCUCUCUCACGAGGAGGACGUUGCCGUGUCGGCUCCUGAACUUGCUAAGGAUGAUGCUGCUCUGGCGCCGGAGGUGGUUCAGGAAAAGGCUGACCUUGCACCGGAGCUGGUUGAGCCUGCCGGCCGUGGCCAGAAGGCUGGGGCUAUGAAUAUCAUUGAGAAUCCUCUUGUGCGCAACUCCAAGGAGCAAGUCGUAGCCGAUGCUCGCACCUACGCCGAAUCGCAUAACAUGUCCGAGCAUGCCGAUCUCUUCGGCCGUGCCGCUUUGGUCGCCCGAGACCCUAAAGGAUUCGAACUAAUCACCGAGUUGGACGAGCAGGAGCGCGCUGCGCUCACAUACGAAAGAGAUCACAAAUGGCAUGGUCCUGUUAUGCUUUGGUAUUCUAUCGGUCUGUGUGCCGUUGGAGCCGCUACUCAAGGAUGGGAUCAGACUGGAGCCAACGGAGCCAACUUGUCAUUCCCUCAGGAAUUCGGUAUUGCUGGUACAGGCAAAGACGAAUGGAUUGUGGGAAUUGUCAAUUCGAUCAUUUUCUUGACUGCUGGUUUGGUCGGCGCUUUCAUUGUCGAUCCACUUAACCACUACUUGGGCCGAAGGGGUGAAAUUUUCGUGACUGCUCUCUGCCUCACUGCUACCCCGAUUGGUUCCGCUUUUGCACAGUCAUGGGAGGGUUUGUUUGCUGCGCGAUUCGUCAUGGGUAUCGGUAUUGGUGCGAAGAACGCUACUGUGCCUAUCUACUCUGCCGAGAUGGCCCCGGCCCGAAUCCGCGGCGCUCUUGUUAUGUUCUGGCAACUUUGGGUUGUAGCUGGUAUCUUCUUGGGCUUCGCUGCCAACGUCAUUGUCAAAGACACUGGUGAUAUCGCCUGGCGCCUUCAGCUCGGCUCGGCGUUCAUUCCAUCACUCAUUCUGGGUAUUGGCAUUUUCUUCUGUCCCGAGUCCCCUCGUUGGCUCAUGAAGCACGGCAAACACGCUGCAGCAUUCAAAUCUAUGGUCCGCUUGCGAGCUCAUCCUAUCAUCGCUGCAAGGGACUACUAUUACUCGUACAUUAUCUAUGAGGAGGAACUUAAGGAGGCCCGAGGCGCUGGCUAUUUCUCCCGUAUGUGGGACUGCUUUGCUGUGCCUAGAAUUAGGCGAGCGAACUAUGGUGCCUCGACUGUCAUGAUUGCUCAGCAGAUGUGCGGGAUCAACAUUAUCUCUUUCUAUAGUUCAACUAUCUUCGAGAAUGUGGGUUACACUGCGACUCAAGCUUUGUAUGCCUCUCUUGGCUACGGUGCUAUUCAGGUCGUCUCAACUAUCCCGACUUUGUUCCUGAUCGAUACGAAGGGUCGACGAACCCUAACACUGAUUACCUUCCCUCUCAUGUGCAUUUUCCUACUCGCAGCUGGUCUCUCCCUUCUGAAGACUGACGGCAGUCAGGGGGCCAGAAUUGGACCAGUGGUCCUGUUCGUGUACCUAUUUACCAUAUGCUACUCUCUGGGUGAAGGUCCAGUCGCUUUCCAGUACUCCGCCGAGGUUUUCCCUACUAUCCAGCGUGAGCAAGGAAUGGCCUGGGCUGUGUGCAUCAACAACACUUUCGCCGGUAUCCUCAGUUUGACAUUCCCUCGAAUGAAAACCGUCAUGACUCCAACUGGUGCCUUCGGAUUCUACGCCGGACUCAAUCUCAUCGCUUGGUUCAUGAUUUUCUGUUUCGUAAGAGAGACCAAGCAGCUCACUCUGGAAGAAUUGGAUCAGGUCUUCUCAGUCCCAACCAAGAAAUUCAUCCACUACGAAACGACUGUGUGGCUCCCUUGGUUUAUUAAGCGAUACAUCUUCCGCCAGAAUAUCCCAAGACCUCCUCAGAUCAUUGCUACAGCCGAGGAGGCUUUGAGGGAGAAGAGCACCUAG